UGCUAUGAUCUUCCUUGUUCAGGCAUGGAAUAACCAAAAGAUCUAUUUUUUUUAUAUAAGUGAACCUGAGAAGCCUGUCAGGUUUUCUACAGUAAGGUUAAAGGAGGGUGCAUUCAGUGGCCUCUGUUGUAAAUGUUUUCAGACUGAGGUUUGGGAAUUGCAAGGUAGAAAAAUGAGUGAAAUAUGUGUGAAACUGAGGCAGCCACCCAGCUUUGUGGCAAAUGAAGGUAAUGGUCCUGAUGCCUCUCUAGAUGAACAGCUGAUGGAAAUCCUGGGAUAUGAUUUGACUGUGGCAAAACUAGGUUUCAUCCCACCUACAGAUGAAUGCUCCCUGUACCAUUCCUGCUGCUAUCACUUUCUUCUAGAGGUGCAGUGCCUUGCACUUUUCCAGAGCCCCUCACAAAUGCACCCAUCAUGGUCCCAUCAUCUCCUCAGUUCAUGUGGGAGCCAGCUCCCCUCUGCAAGACCCAUCUCCCAGGUGAAAUACACUACAUCAGUCAAAAGGACCACCCUGAAGGUAAACUUUGCUCUCCUGGGACACACUGGAGACUGCACAGCAUUGCACAAGCAGAGCCAUUGCCUGGUCCCCCAAAAGCACACAGUGACAAAAAGAGAAGCAAACAACAUGAAUGGCCUCUGCACUCAGCUUUUACGUAACUCCGGUCAUCUUCAAGUACCUUGAACCCCUUUUGAAUGUGACCUGCAAAGUCUUGGCUCAGAUGCCCUCCUUGGCUCAGAUACCCAGGCAUUGCCCCAGCAAGUGCCAGUGUCUUGUCUUUGCCAGGAAAAUCAGGGUCCCAUUCACCAGAGUUCUGUUACCACCACCCCAGUCUGGGGCUCGUGUUCUUCUCUCCUCUGCCCUGGGCAGCCUGGGAAGCCCUCCUGACCAUGCCUGUGGUCCACAUUCCUACUACUUACUGCUCUCUGUAAAAUGGGCUUCAGCUGACAAAUAUUUGCAGCCACUUGCACAGUCCAAGGAUAGAAGAAAUAGCCAGACUGGGGGAUUUAAGUUUAGGGUGCUUGUUGCAGAAUUCCUGUUCUUGAGCCUUACCUGCAGAAUCUCAAUCCAAGGGUGACUGUAACCUAAAUUAUCAAAACUUCAUUCUCAACCAUGUCUUUGUUGCUAAAUCCCAGAAACUGCUUUGUCUCGCCUAAAGUGCCCAGAUUUUUUCCAUGCUUGCUUCUAAAAUUCCUGAAUAAUCACUUCUGCUUUAGAACAAAUUGCUGCUGCUGUGACUGGUGAUGAAAAUAUUUGAAGGGGAUUGUUGAUUAGAUCCAUCUCUUGGAGGUAGAGUUUACUGUUUUAUGGAGAAAACAAUACAAGAAGAAAAUGAUACUUUGACCAUCACUAAAGGUUGAGGUUUAGUAUUUUAAAAAUAUUUCUAUGUUUAAAUGAUACGGCUAAAUUUAAUCUCUCCAUCCUAAAAACCACCUCCAAAUUUGGAUUUUCUUGGCUUGGUUAACAAGUCUUCUCCAAAAAAGUGCUUUGCAGCUUCACUCUCCUGCAAAUUCAGCAUUUGGUCACUUUCAAUACCAGUGUUUCCACUGCUAAGAGAUGUCAGGAAUUGAACACUGUGAAAUAUAUCUGCUGUCAGAGGCCUUCUCAAAGCUUCACUUCAGAAAAUGAGGUAGCAUCCAUUUCAGCCCUGUGCUGCUCUCGAAGGCAGUAAUGUCCUCCUCAUCAUCUUCAUUGCUGGAAAUGGAGAUCUUCCAGUAUAUUGAUGCACAUCAAAGUGAUUUUAUCAAGGAUCUGAAGGAAUGGGUGGCUGUGGAAAGUGAUUCUGUUCAGCCACAUCUGAGAAAAGAAGUAAUGCGAAUGAUGGCACUGGCAGCAGACAGACUUGCAGCACUGGGAGCCACUGUUAAUUUAGUAAACUUGGGGUCACAUCAGCUGCCUGAUGGCCAAGUCCUCCCACUGCCUUCUGUGAUUCUUGGGGAGCUGGGGAAGGAUCCACAAAACCCCACGGUGUGUUUCUAUGGUCAUGUGGAUGUGCAGCCGGCCAAGAAGGAAGAUGGAUGGAACACUGACCCCUACACACUGACUGAAAUAGAUGGAAACCUCUAUGGGCGUGGAGCAACAGACAAUAAGGGACCUGUCCUAGCUUGGAUAAAUGCAGUGGAAACAUUUAGAGCCUUGAAAUUUGCUAUGCCAGUGAACUUCAAGUUUGUAAUUGAAGGCAUGGAAGAAGCAGGAUCCUUGGGGCUAGAGAAGCUACUUGAGGAAGAAAACCAGAGGUUCUUCUCUGAUGUUGAUUAUAUUGUAAUUUCAGACAACCUGUGGCUCAGCAACAAAAAGCCUGCUCUUACCUAUGGGAGUCGGGGAAACGCCUGCUUCUUUGUGGAGGUUGAAUGUGGCAGCAAGGACCUUCACUCUGGAACUUUUGGAGGCAUCAUUCACGAGCCGCUGCUGGAUCUGAUAGCUCUGCUGGACAGCCUUGUGGAUUCCACAGGCCAUAUUCAGAUCCCUGGAAUCUAUGACAGUGUUGCUGCCCUGACGGAGGAAGAAAGGAAAUUAUAUGAAUCAAUUGAAUUUGAACUAGAGGAACAUAGAAAAAACUGUGGUGUGAAAAAAUUCCUUUAUGACACCAAGGAAGAAAUACUUCUACACCUGUGGCGUUACCCCUCUCUCUCUAUUCAUGGGAUUGAAGGAGCUUUCCAUGAGCAAGGCAUUAAAACAGUCAUUCCAGCAAAAGUAAUUGGCAAAUUCUCAAUCCGUCAGGUCCCCCACAUGGACCUUUCAGUUGUGAAAAAACAGGUGGUGAAACACUUGGAGGGUGUCUUUUCCAAGAGGAACAGUCCAAACAAACUGAAAGUGUCCAUGCCUCUGGGUGCAAAGCCCUGGCUUGCAGAUGUUAAUGAUCUACUAUAUAAAGCAGCAAGACGGGCAAUAAAAACAGUUUUUGGAGAAGACCCAGAUUUCAUUCGUGAUGGCUCAACGAUUCCUGUUGCCAGAAUGUUUCAGACUGUAACACAGAAAAGUGUGAUGAUGCUUCCCAUUGGAGCAGCUGAUGAUGGGGAGCAUUCCCAGAAUGAGAAAAUAAGCAGACACAACUAUAUUGAAGGAACCAAAUUGUUUGCAGCUUUUUUCCUGGAGAUAUCAAAGCUACAUCGGAACUUACAUGAAACUUCCCACACAGAGGCUAUCAACUGACAGAUCAUAUAAAAAAAAUCAACAAAGUUCUUCCUUAAGCUUUCUAACUUUUAUAAAACAUGUAAAUCACAUAUUCAAUGGCUGUGAAUUGGUGGGGGAAAAAAAAAUAAAAUGUUGUGCUAUUUCUUGGCAUACUACUAAA